AGUACCGCCCUUUGGCCAGGUGGGGGCAGCAGCGAGCCUCCGCAUGUGCUGCACGUACUCGUCACCAACCCCCACAUUCUACUACAAAUUCCCGCAGAUUGUUUGACCCACAUUCGCAGGGUCGCUGGUGGGGGUGUGGCGCGUCUAUCCGCGUGGUUUCAGCGGCGUUGGAGCUCCAGAGCAACAAUGGCGAGACUUCUUCUGAGGACGAACCUGAGAAGAUGCCUGGUUUCUCAGACCAGGUUGGCCUCUGAUCAGCUUGGCGAGUUGGGUGGAGGCGCAGGGAAAGGUGGAGGUGGAGGAGGCUCGGUGAGGGAGGCAGGAGGCGCCUUUGGAAAGCGAGCGGCUGUGGAGGAGGAGCGGUAUUUCAGGAAGAAGGAGAUGGAGCUCCUGGAGGUGCUGAGAAGACAUCACUCGGAGGAGAUCGAGCACCACAAGAAGGAGAUCGAGCGUCUGCAGAAGGAGAUCGACCGCCACGUCGGCAAGAUUAGAAAACUCAAACACGACGAUUGAAAUUUGUUCUCUUGACUCUGAUAGAAAGUGUAGCAGCCUUGAAGUUAUUGUAAAGAUAAUUGAUUUAUCUGCUAGUUCUUGCAGUUAAUGGAGCAAACAAUUAUCUUUAUAUACUUUCAAAAUAAAAGGAUGAAUUUCCUGUUUGUU